GUAGGUGUCAGCUUAAUCAUAAGUGUAAAUGACAAGAAUAUGGUAAAUUUUAUAAAAUCUAUAUGUAUAAUGAAUUUCAUGCUGUUUGAAAGCUACUUAUAUACUUAUCCAGCUGAUAAUUUAGCAAAUCGUGCAGAAUCAAUGCUUAGAGCUAUCUACAGCAGUAAUUGGUAUGAUAUGCCACCACAUGUUACUAAAAACCUAGUUUUUAUAAUGAUGCGCAUCAAUUUACCACUAUAUCUGACAUGUGGUAAAUUUUUUUAUAUGACUCGAAGAUCAUAUAUGGAUGUCAUCAAGACAUCUGCUUCUUAUUUAUCAGUAUUACGAAUUAU